AGCUAGUAAAGUCACUGAAUGGAAGAGGUGGCUUGGCUGUGUAAACGUACACUGGCAAUUAUGGCGACUCACUUAUCGUAGAUACAUGUAUGAGAAUGAACACGACAGUUUUAUGACAUGAGGAUGUAUGCUUUAGUAUGUAAAAAUAUCGACGCAGUGUGACCGAGAAUGAACGUUACCACCUCGCAAUCACGGUAGCGACGGACGCUCCUCGGCAGGCAGAAGGGUAGGGUUAUCUUUUUUGUGGAGAAUACCUAAUAUGUGCGUUGGAAAUGUCAGCCAAAAUGUAACACACGACCGUCAACAGUUGUGUCCUUUCGAACGGAAUUAAUACGUAUCAACAUGGCCUUCGCCAAUUCUAAGAUGUGUAUUUUCUUUGCCCUGUUUGGAGUGUUGCUUACAGUGGAUUUAGCUGUUUCACAAGCAAAUAUGCCGGGAGAUCCGGUGAUUACAAACUUUGUACCAAAGCCGACCCUCAAUACAGUAAUGACCUUGACCUGUACGUCUGCAGCAGCAAGUUCGUCAGUGCCGCAAAUAACCAUACAGUGGCUCCUUAACGAUAAUUUUCUCGGCGGGGAUGUUCAGAGUACCGCCAAUCUGGUUACGACUAGCACAAUCGCCAUUCCAAUAACUGCACGCGAUAUGGUAAAUGACGAAAUAAAGUGCGAGGCAGUAAACAGUGUAGGCAGGACAGAAACUUCGGUAAUCAUCGUCGAUGUUCAACAAAAACCCACCGUCACGGCGAUUACUCCGGCUGCAGCCUUCUUCGAUACAGGGACAAUGGGAACCUGGACUCUGAACAUAAGCGACGCUUACCCUGGUCUGAUUCUGUCAACGACGCCAAGGUGGUACAUUGAUGACACCCAGACGUUUCAAUUUUCCACAAGCACCUCUGUCGACGCCGUCGCAAAGACGUAUAGCUACACGUCCACCUUGACCCGAUCCCUGAACCCCUCAGAUCACAAUCUGAUUAUCAAGUGUGAAAUCGAUCACCCAACUUUCGACUCGGGUAUUGAAACGAGGUUCCGAUCUAUGAUUGUCAGAUACCCUCCUGGACAUCCACAAAUCACGACAAACUUCAUUAACGGAGUUAACGAGAAUACAAUCCUGGAAGGUAACUGCUCAUCUCGAGGUGGAUAUCCUACUCCGAUCGUCGCUUGGUCUGGGACCGCCUUUGACGUCACUUCCUCCUACACAUCGGGAUCGGACCUUUACGUCACCCAGUUCCGGUUAACCGCUGUCGUCGGUUUAAUUGGCCAGACAUUCACUUGUACAACUCAGAAUGCUGUGGGAACAUACUCAGCGACAGCAACCCUACCACAGGUUUUCGUGCCCCCCGGGGCCAUCGUCAUCGAGGGAUUCCAAAACGUGAUAAUAGAGGGCCAUGUGAUGAGUCUGAAAUGCACGUCACAAGGAGCCCUCCCUAGCGCCUCAGUAAUGUGGAAUUUGCCAGAUGGAAGUAUUGAUACAAGUUACUCCACAGAGCAGAAUCAAUCAUGGACAAGAGCAGUUAACACUCACAACUACACAGCACGUUUCGAGGACAAUGGCAAGAGCUUUAAUUGCUCGGCGACGAACAGAGUGAAUUCAGUAUCUCAAACCACUCAGCAGUUCACCGUUCACGUUCAGCCAGCUGUUCCUAGUUUGGCUGGGCCCAGCGAAGUCUACGAGGGGACUGCAGUCAAUUUUACUUGUAAGGCCACUAGGACGAACCCUGCAGCCAGCCUGUUUUGGUUAAUAAGCACCACUCCAAUGGCGGCGUCUUACCCGGUGACGUCAUCAACAAAUGGUGAUGGUACAACAAGAACCAGUUCGACGAUAAACAUAGUGCCUACGGCCCAACUCAACGCCACUGUUCUGACAUGUGAAGCUGCACAUGUUACUCUGCCUUCAAACCUGAAAACCAGCAUCACCAUCAUCGUAAGGUUGAAGCCCUCCAUUGUUCUGGCGUCACCAUCUUCUGAAAAUGUACUAAUAGCUUCCGUCCACUCAAUUGAUUGUGACGUCACUUCCAGUAUAGAAUUUAACAUUACAUGGUGGCAUGUGUCAUUGUCUGGUGUUACUCAGAUGUUAACGGCGGUAAACUCUAAAUACAUAAUGUGGACUAAAACAUCAACAAUACGAACCCUCUCCAUCCAAAACUACCAGAGUUCAGACGACGGAAGCUAUUAUGCAAUUGCAGCUAACCAAGCCGGAUUGUCUCCGCCCAGUGCCAUCGCCCGAACCACAGGAUAUGCGAUACCUGUAAAACCCUUCAUCAACCUUGACACGUUCAACUUUUACCCAGUGGUCGGUGCUAAUGUUGUGAUGAACUGCUCGUCGACUGGGGGAGUACCUAUCACUAUGAUAAAAUGGUACCGCAAUAACGUAGCGGUAGACACGACAUCCAUUACGUCUAACGUCAACGGGGUCGACGUAACGUACAACGAAUACACCCGCUCCGUAGUCUUCGACGACAAAGGGGCAAUCUUUAAAUGCGAGGCAAGCAAUGCCUUCGGAAACACCUCUUCUGUUACUUCAUUCGUUGAUGUAUAUGUUACACCUUCAAUUCCCGUCAUAACCGGGGUAGAUGCCGUAUUGGAAAACCACACUUACUCCUGGAUAUGCAGUACGUUUGCUAGCAAUCCGGUUGCUAUGGUUUCAUGGACAUAUGGCGGGGAAAACGUGACGUCACAGGCUAGGAUUACGCAAGAAUCCAAUUCACAAAAGGCUGGGACAUUUAAUGUAAAUUCCAAUCUGACGCUACACAUAGACAAAGCUGAUGCUGGGAAAAUACUGACUUGCUUCGUCAAUCACGUGACUCUACCUGUGUCACCGUUAUCCACCAACCACCCACUCAAUGUCUACCUUAUUCCAACUGCUUAUGUCGCAGAACAGAAUAAAGAGGCGGAGAUAGGUAAAAUAAGUGUACUAACGUGCAAUGUUGACACGCAGUUAACUGCAACGGUCACGUGGUAUAAAACCGGAAGUACUUUACCUCUGCAACACAACCAAGUGAACUACGUUAUAAAUGACCGGACCUUGACCUUCAACCCAGUUAUCCGUGAACACGAAGGCAGCUACAUGUGCAGUGCCGAAAACGAUGCUGGAUCUUCCGGGUUAAGUGCUGCUGUUGGCUUCACCGUGUACCAACUUCCAAGCGUCCCUGUCAUUACGAUGUUUCCAGUCACGGGUAUUGAAGGGGAGUUAAGUAUCAUCAACGCUACGUCAUCUGGUGGUUACCCUGUACCAACUCUGACGUGGACAAGAAGUGGCGUUGUCGUUUACGACACGUCUACAACUGUUGGGAGCACCACGUACAAUAACUAUUUUUUCGUGACGUCCUUGUCUGACAUUGGAGUGCCAUACACAGCUACUGUGUCUAACGCCUACGGGAAUUUCUCCACAAGUAACGCCUUGACCGACGUUUAUGUCCCAGCAAGUCCUCCUGGCAUAGAGGGCGCCAGUGUUGCUUAUGAAGGCACACCUAUCACACACCGAUGUUCCUCGGCUAGAGCGAGGCCAGCGCCUGCACUUUCAUGGUUCCUUGGAGACGCAGACCUGACGUCACAGGCGACACAGACUUCAGUUAACCACCCAGACCUCCUCACUGUGCGCACGGCGUCAAAUCUCACAUUUACACCAACUCAGAGUGACAUAGGGAAGGUGCUUACAUGUGUUCUGCAUCAGCCAGAUGGGCGUGAUUCUGAUCUGUCUGUAGUAUUGCCCCUGAAUGUUUACCUUAAGCCCAGGGUUACCAUGGAGCCCGCUACCACUGAUGUAGAAAUCGGUACCAACAAGAUCUUGAGGUGUGUUGUCCAGUCCGUAUUGGAUCCGACAGUUUUGUGGUUCAUUGAUGACUCUGCUAUUUCUUUCUCUGAUGACAACUAUGUAAUGUCCGGAGAAUAUCUGACCAUUCUUGACUUCGCAACUACGGACAAUGGUGCUUACUCUUGUAUAGGCCAAAACGAGGCUGGAUUGUCCAGUCAAAGUGACCAAUUGACUUUGACUGCCUAUGCAUCUCCUGGUUCACCUUCCAUAGUUAUGACACCAUCGUCCGUUCCAAGCGAAAAUGACACUGUUGUUCUCACCUGUAACACAGAAAAUGGUGUGCCCUCUCCAAACAUCACAUGGUCUAAGAAUGGAGUUAGACUAUACAACGGCAUCACAACCUCAGUCACCACGACCUCUGUGUCCAGUACCUUGACAUUUGUGGUAAAUUACGUCAACGAUACGGGGGCUGUCUAUAGGUGUACUACAGCCAACAGCUUCGGUACCCGCUUCACUACGGCUACAAUACCACUUAUAUAUGUUCCGCCAACUGUCGACGGGAUUACGAUCCAGGGGAGUAAUAUUCUCUAUGAAAGUCAGACGAGCCAUUUCUACUGUGAAAAUUCUAGGUCAUUCCCAGCAGCCUCUAUAAGCUGGGUCCUUAAUGGGGAAACCCUUACCGGGCAGUCUUCAGAAUCGACGAACGCCGAUGGAACUUUCAAAGUAUCGUCGAACCUCACCCAUCAAGCUCGAUACUCCGAUUCUGGCAGUAUGAAUCUGGUCUGCAGAGUGUCCCAUUCCGCCACAGCGUCUUCAGCAGAUAAAAUGAUGCUGCUAAUAGGAUACUCCAUACCGAGAGUUUCCAUAACGAUUCCGUCCGUAACCGUGGAGAAGGGGACAUCUCUGACGCUCCACUGCGUGAUCGUAUCGGAGCUUGGACAGGCUGUAGCCUGGUACAGAUCAAACACAGGACAGACCCUGACACCGCCCGGACGUUAUAACUUUAACGGACCCAACGUUACCAUAAUGGCGGUGGAAGUCAGCGACGAAGGGGGGUACUACUGUACAGCUAGUAACACUGCAGGAAUUUCUAACAAUAGCAAUUCUGUGAUGGUCACUGUGUAUGCUUACCCUGUAAAACCAGUGAUCACCGGCCUUGGGAACGCUGUACCAGAGAAUACCGAAUUGACCAUAAACUGUACCGCGGCAGAUGGCUACCCUCUGCCGACAAUCAUGUGGUUUCGUGACGGAAACCUCAUUCUGACUGCUUCGUCUGGACUACACAGUUCGUACUCGUUCAUAGCCGAUUUUAGUGUCCGCGAGUCGGAGUACACCUGUAGUGCCACUAAUUCUUACGGAAGUGAGAUGUCUGACGCCACCACAAUACCAGACGUUUACGUGCCUCAUACUGGAAUACAGCUUACUGGACCUGCGGCCGUUUACGAAACCAAAAUGUCAGUUUUUCUUUGUACUGUCGCUCGCGUUUCGCCAGUUCCGACGUUCAGAUGGCUGAUUGGAACGACAGUGAUAUCAUCAUCAAACGUAACGGAACUUGGAGACAAUUUGCAGAUAUCUUCGUACUUUUCACAUGUUUUUGAAGCCAGUGAUUUGGGCAAGAAUAUUACAAGCAUUGUGACACAAGUGGAAACCAGCACAGCUGUGUCAAAGUCUCUCUCCGUGACUUUGCAUCUGCUUCCGAAGAUAUUGAACAUCGCUGAUAAUCGAGACGUGGAAUUGUUUACGAUCACGACAGUCAUAUGUGAAGUUUCGUCCUCUGAUCCGAGUUAUAGUGUUGCUUGGUACAAGGGAGGUAUACUCAUCGACGUGGAUACAAGCAACGGAAAGUUUUCUACAUCAAGCAACCUGCUGACAAUUACAUCCUUUCAGGUGGAGGAUUCUGGCCUGUACACAUGCAGUGCCUCACACCAGGGGGGCAGUUCGGGGAUUGGUCAGCCAACAAACUUAACAGGCUUUGGAUAUCCGAUCCAGCCUGUCAUUACUACAAGUCAUCCUGCUAUGAUUUUGAUUGAAGGAGAAACAUUGUUCUUGAAUGCAAGCACUAAUAGAGGUGUACCAGUUCCCACCCUUAUCUGGAAACGAUCCCGACCUGGCUCAGCCAACGAGGUUCUAGAUUCCUCCUAUACAUCCACGAUGGACGGUUCAAACACGUUCGUCUUCAAUAACUAUUCCGCCGUCAUUCAUUUCCGUGACAACGGUUCAGUCUAUAUAUGCGAAGCAGAAAAUCAGCAUCUCAAAGUCGUGAAUUCCAUCCAGCUAAGAGAUGUUUAUGUGACCCCCGUUCCAACAUUGUCGGCCUCAGUUGUCAAUUGGGAUCAAGUGAAUUCUGUAGCAACUGUCUACGAAGACAAAAUGUACACAUUCAAUGGUUCUAUACCACGGUUCAAUCCGAAGACUGCUGUCAUACGGUGGUUCGUUGACAACGUAGAAAAGACUCCAAACUAUGUCAAUCAAAAGGUCACUGCGACAGGAGAACACAAAUAUACUUCCUCAAUCAAUGUCCUGAUGCCAUCAAGUUUGGACGGUAAAAAUGUCACGUUUAUGGUCGUACAUCCGGAGACAACUUCCAGAAAUGUUUCAAUUACCAUAGACGUAUUGCAUAAGCCUCGGGUUUCUGUACAAUCAGCAUCUGGUCUGGUAGUUAAAGACACCGAUUUUUCGGUGACGUGUGAAGUUGUUUCGACUCUGAGCUACAACGUCGAGUGGAAGAUUCAAGGAAAUGAUACUAAACUUGAAAACACGUUGAAGUACAGGAUUACAGGAGGUCAAGGACAGACGCUGAUGAUCCUUAGUGCCGAUUACACAGACAAAGUAACUUACGCCUGUUCCGCCACCAACAGCGCAGGAACCUCAGAUAUGCCAGCAACUUUUUUCCUGGUUGUGUACAAGGGAGUUGGACAGCCAGCCUUGGGCGGAUUAAACCGGAAUGUGAUAGAUGGCGAAACAGUCACCGUACAUUGUAACUCGUCUGGUGGCGACCCUCCGGCAUCGAUUGCAUGGGAAAAAAAUGGAGUGGCUCUGACAGCACCAAACCCAACAUUCGGGAAUUCCGAUAACAACCCUGUUUCUAGCAUGUUAAUGAUAGUCGUGAACUUCGCAACCGACAAGAAUGCAGUUUACAAGUGCACAGCGUCUAAUGCUUACAGCAGUCUAAGCGUCGAAAGCCGUUUCAGCGACGUAUACAUAUUUUCAAACACCAUAUCUCUCACAAACCUGGGCAUAGUGACUGCCUUGACCCAAUACACAGUGGGAUGUCAGACGUCAGGAAUGUAUUUGGAGCCUCGACCUGUCUGGAUGUUAAAUAACGUCAUACAGUCCAAUGGCAUCACUUCAGUAUACAGUACAGCCAGUGAUGGCACCUUCGCAGUGCAAUCGAACCUCACCUUCAUUCCUACCAGAGACAAUAACGGCGGCAACCUUGUCUGCAAAUUUGAUCACACUCAAUAUACGGGACGUAGCGUUAAUGCUACACAGACACUUUUUGUCCAGUUUUCGCCUGAUGAGCCAAUUAUCUCUGGCUUUAAUCCGGAGGUAACAGAAAACACCCCACAAUCUCUACUUUGCACUGUCAACAGUGGAAAUCCGAGACCAACAGUCCGAUGGUUUAAAAACAACAACCUGAUAAUGGGCACUGAGGUUAAAAUAUCAACCAACACACAAGGACACUACGUCACGACCAAUCGAUUAAACUUUACUGCGUCACUUCAGGACGAUAGCUCGGCAACGUAUACUUGUCACUUUCAACACGUGGUCCGAAACUCAACAUCAAAUGUGACGUUUGGGCAAAUAAAGGCCCCACCUUCAAACAUUUUCUUGACAUUACCUACUGAGACGUUGACAGCUUCUCAGCCUCGGAUAUCAAAUUAUCCAAAUUUAAUCGCUGGGAAAGUUUACGAGUGGAAUGGUACAGUUGGACGUGCACAGCCCGCACCAAGUCUAGCCUGGAGGCGCGGGAACAUUUACCUGAACAGCCAUACGUCUGAUACAACUGAUAAUGUUGAUGAAACGGUCAGAACUGUGUCGACACUGCGCUACGCUCCGACUGUUGCUGACAAUGAUAUUGAUUUGACAUUUGAAGUAUUUCAUCUUGCAACAUCUCAACAAACUUCUUCUCACACCACCAAGUUAAUUAUUCAUGGUCCACCCGUGGUUAUUAUCUCGCCCGAUUCAGUGGACAUCAUAGUAGACAGCAGUCACACAGCGCAGUGUAACGUGACGUCGUCGUUGAAUUCAUACACUGUGAAGUGGUUCAAGGGAGUCUCGGAAAUAUCCAGCAAUGAUAAGUACUCAUUGAUUGGGAAUAACUUGGUCAUCUUAAGUGUCCAGUUUGCUGAUGAGGGAGAGUACAGGUGUUUGGCUACGAAUGCUGCCGGAGAUUCAGCCAAGAGCAAUGCUGUUACAGUCAGUGCCAUCUCCGGGGCUGGUGAACCUGCCAUCACUGGGUUUGUAUCAAGCCCAAAAGAAGGCGACGUCUUGCAACUACUAUGUACUUCAGUUGGAGGAGUGCCCACACCGUCGGUCAUCUGGAAGAAGAAUAACGUCGUUCAAGACGACACGGACUCGUCAUCUACAAUUGGUGGUGUGACCACUACAAUAAAUUUGUGGAUAUACACCGUGUCCUUCGCUGACCGCGGGGCCUCCUUGACCUGUCUGGCUACCAACAGUGUCGCAAACAAAACCAGAACUAAAACCUUCGAUGAUGUAUAUAUCCCACCCAUUAAUGGAGCAAGUUCAAUACAGGGUUUAACCACAACAUUGGCAGGUAGCACAUAUAACUACACCCUCAACUUUGCGAGAGUCCAUCCUGCCCCUGGAGUCUUGUGGUCGGUGGGAGGAAGGCUGUUGCAAGCCAAUGUGCCGCCAAUCUCGGCAGUAGUAACCACCGGAGGAUUUCUCAAUGCGACGGCUAGCAUCACUAUUUUACAAUUAGCAGAAGACAAUCUUGAAAUGCUUAAGGCUUCUGUUAGCCAUCCUGAAACGAGCACAACUUUUGAUGUGGUGACUACUCUCACUGUGAAAUCUCCUCCUUCGCAACCAAGUAUUUCUGGGUUUCCAUCAACAAACACAAGCAUCAAAGGCACGACUCUUCAAUUAGUAUGUACCACCAAGGGAGGCUACCCUGUUCCGACACUCCAAUGGUACAGAAACAACGCUCUGGUGGGUAACGGCGCCAGCACGGACUUCAGCGUGGAACCCACCGUCACUACGGUUACCUACACUUUGGCAGUAGUUCUGGCAGAAAAAGGUGCGGUGUUUAGGUGCACAGCUAAGAACGAAAUCAACGAGCUGAGCAAAGAAGUUGGCCUGAAGGACGUGUAUGUGAGAGUGGAAGUAGACGGAGGGAUAAGCGGAGAUUCUAACGUGAUAGCCGGUAAAAACACCACUCUGACAUGCACCACUACGCCCAGUUACCCCCAGCCUACAGUAGAAUGGUGGAUGGCCGCUGAGAGGUUGCUCGGUAACAAGCUGACGCCUGGCACGAGUGACAGUAAUGGUGCAAUUAUCGUCCGAUCGGACGUAUACUUCGUUCCUGAUCAGGCGGACACCGGGAAAACUGUCAGCUGCAUCGUAAAACAAGACAUGUUACCGCAUACCGCUUCCGCAUCUCUUCUUAUCACAGUGCAUGGUCCACCAUCAGCUAAUGCCCAUCCAAACAAAAAUGUGACUCUCAAUGAGCACGUUACAUUCACCUGUAGUGUGACGUCAACACUCCCCACUUACAAUGUCACGUGGUAUAAAAGGACCAGUAAUACGGAGGGAACUCGUAUAACGUCGGUUAACGAAAAGUACGCCGUGGACGAUAAUCACCCUGUAUAUAAAUUGUGGGUCUACAGUGUUGUAGUCUCUGAUAACGGCAUCUACUAUUGUAUUGCGCAAUCAGCUGCCGGAAAUUCGUCACGAGCGGAAGUGUCGCUAACGGUCUACACUGCACCAUCAAAACCUUCAUUUUAUGGCGGUUUGACGAGCCUUACUAUCGCUGAAAACAGCAAAAUUGAGGCAACGUGCGUGACAACCGUUCACCCAGCUAACACUGCCUCCUUCACCUGGUUCUACGUGGGCACGACAGGGGAGACAGAGGUUGAUGAUUCCUUCGUCAAUGCCAAUGUCCUAAACAUCCCUUCGGCUGACAGGACGAAAGCUGGAACAUACGUCUGUCAAACCUUCAACAGCUUUGGCAGCAGCAGGGCUAACUUCACAGUUGAUAUACAAUAUCCUCCGAGGUUGAAUGUUGGAAAUGUUCAGACAGAUUUUUCUGCUACCGCAGAAGACCUCGUAAAACUGUCAUGCAAUGUCAUAGCCAAUCCUCCCCCGACAGCCUAUCUCUGGACGCAUGAGAAUAACAACGUAGCAACUACGAAGGAUCUCGAGGUGAAAGUGAAGGCUGGCGAGCACACCUACACCUGUGUGGCAACCAAUGAGAUGGGGCCCUCCCAAGGAAUCAUUUAUACAGUCGUAGCUCCACAAGUGACCCUGCCUGAUACUGGUGCAUCUACCGCGGAUGUGGAAGGUCUCUCGGGCGGUGUCAUCGCUGCAAUCGUUCUAGGAGUCAUCUUUAUUAUCAUCAUUCUCAUCAUCUGCUGUGUUGGCUGUAAAUAUUACAAAGACAAAACGAAGGACGACAAAGUUAUGCGUACCACCAAGAAGUCGAAAACUAAACACAAGCCGAGUUCAGUGGUACCUGACACUGACGAUAGACGAUCUACCCUGUAUCCUUCAAAGGAAAAGGACCCUGCCUAUCUGUUUGGACCUACUCGGCCGUCAUACCGUGCUGAACAGCGUCACUAUCCAAGGGAAAUUUCUGCUCAUGACUAUCAUCAUGAUUACAGCCAAAGAGGUGGUUACGAUAAUACAUUCUACAUCCCUGCACCUGGCAGCGAAAUGGACGACAUGUCGGUGUUUAGAGAGACUGGUUUCCGGUCCCGACGCCAGAGGUUACCACAUGCCCUGCCCCCACUGGCGACCGCUUCGUAUACCCGGGAGGCCAAACGAAGGAAGAAUCAACGCAAGAAAAACCAAAAGAAAAGACAACAGAAAAGACAGGCUGGGGAAGGCAUGGAAAACCCGGCCAAAUCCAAGGACACCUCUCCUCAGAUAGUCAUAGAUGACAGUCAGCCGGAAAAGGACGCAGCCCAGGAUACAAAUAUCCUACUAGGGGACCAGUUCAAAUGAUAAAAAAAAAUAGUUCAAAAUCUUAGAUAGUUCAGAGGACAGCUAGUUCCGAAUUGAAACAAAUUAUGAGCCCUGAUCCAGUAUUAGUAACAUGUAUGUCAUGACUACGACUGUUCUGCUUAAUGUAUAUGAGUUGUCAUAUAUAAACUACAUCAGCAUCCGGUGCGAUUUACCUAAGACAAAUCCUGAUUACAAGCAUAUUAGUAAGAGAAGGAACAAGAACUAUCCUGCCCAUGCCAUCAUCGGAGAGAGACAAAGUCUUGGACUGAAUAAGUUUAUUAUUGCGCCCCACCAAAGGGCCUGCAAAGUGGACUGUUGAUUAAUAUUCCAAAUGCAUCAAUUUAAGUUAAAUAGUAAAUUUUAAAAAUGCUUAUUUUCAGAAAACUUUAACCUGCCGUUGAAGGUUCCUUGUCGAGAAUACCAGGCUGUGUGCUGUAUAACUAUGUAAGGAUUAGGGAAAUUGUUAAAAAAAAAUAUAUGAAUUUUGGGAACAAGAAAAUCUUGAGCAUUGAAAAAGUGCAAACAAGUAGGUUUUUAUCUAAUGGAGUAGACCAAUAUAUAUAUAAUUUCAAGAAUAUUAUGCUUUUUGUUUUGUAAUUUCACUUUCUGUUUUCCAAAUAUCCAUUUGUGAUCAUCUUACUUUACAUCAUUCCUUCGUGCAAAUUCGUUGGAAAAUCACGAAAAAGACAUGAACAAUAUGUAACAAAUAAGAAAUGAAUGGAAGUUCAGGGUUGCCAACCUCUUAGGAGUCCAGUGUGGGAGAUCUCCCUCCACUGGGUUUUUCAAUGUGUGAGACUUUUGACGGCGUCGCGGCGUAACGUCGUUUUGGGUGUUAAUUACAAAUGUAUCAAACAAAUCCUGGCUUUCUCUGACUACUAUAACAUCUGCAUUGUUGAUAUUUUCACUUCAAGAUCUUUGUAGGAAAAUAAAACAAAACAUUUUUUGCAGAUAUAUAAAAGAUUUUUAUUUAUUAAACAAAAAAAACUGACAUCAGAAAUGCAACACAUCAUAUAAUCAAAGGCCUUUCUUGUAACGAUUCCACCCUUGCCUAGAACAGGUAGCAGUCUUUUUUCUGUAUUUCCAUGACCUGUUUAAAAAACAGUUCAUAUCAAAAGUAAGAACUUUACCAUAGUAACAUGAAAAAGUUCAUAACAUGAAAAUAUGAUAAUUUGACAGUGAAAAUUUUUUUACAAUUACUUCUGGCUACUAUUCUAAGCAACAAAUAACAGUAAGACCCUUAGCAUUUAUACCACGUUUGCAAAAUCCGAUCACGUUAUUUUUUCAUCGCAUCAGAUUAAAAUUGUUUAUUACUACAAGUCUCUGGUGUGUGAAAUCAUAUACGCCACUUUACUGCAAAAAAUAACUUCGAACUUUUCAUCAGCCAUCAGCGGCUGUCUGUUCGUGAUUCAAGAAUCGUUUUCUCUUAAUAUUUGUGAAGGCAGGGCCUAAAAACAAUCUCCUAAUACACGACGAUAUUAUUUAAAACUUUCUUUUUCUGUGCGAUAGGUACGUUCAAUAUUAAGUUUACGAGUGAAAACAACUUGAUUGAUUGAUUGAUAGGUUUUAUGUCCGCUUCACUACCGAGUAGUUCGGUAUAAUUAUCCACCAGACGAUUGUGAAAACAACUCACCUUACGAUAUAUUACAUUCGUUUCCACCGGAUGUAAAGCGACACCUCUCGUCAGCUCACUUCCAAAGCACAACGUUGCAAUAAGAGUUAUUCCCCUUUGUACGACCCAAGCUAAAAAUUGCCGAUUUAUGGCUUCGCGUGGGAUAGAGGGAGAAUAUUUUCGAAUGCGUGAGAUUUAUACCUCACGUGGCGUGAGGAUUGUUUCAGCGUGAGUAAGGACGUUUUUGCGUGAGUUUUUGUCUCACGCCGUGGGAGUUGGCAACCCUGGAAGUUAAACCAACAGUUUUGUCGAAAUUAUUUGAAAUUGAUGACUACCCUAUGUCUGAUGAAAUACUGAAGGGAUUGUGUGACCUAUCUGCGACAGAGAAAAGUAUUUUUCUGGAUGUUUUAUUGGAGUGGUACCACAUAACAUGUCUGUGAUAUGUAAUUGUUCGUACUAAGAUAAUGGAAUUGCAAUGCUAAAGCACCUGAUAUGUCUGCUCUGAUCACAACUGCAGAGUUACACAACAUGAAAUUGUGAUGAAAUAUAUUUCUGUGAUAUGAAUACCGAAAAGUAUUGAACUUUUAAGAAUUUUAACUUAUUAAAUGGUAUAAUUUUAUAAAAUAAUUAUUUACACGAUAUAUAUUAUUUAUUACAAUCAUUAAAUAUGUGUGUUUGCAUUCACCUAUUAAACAUGGGUCCCAGCUGAUUUUUUAGCAAUAUUUUUUUGCUUUUGUUUUCAAGAAGUCUUUAACUUAAGAAUCGCAAAGUAGAACGGUGUAUAAAGAUAUGACCAUAAAUAUGAUCAUUUCAGAACAUUUAUAAACAUACUUGCUUUGAUAGUAGAAUGAUAUUCAGACUUACAAUUAGAGACAAAGUACAAGCUGCCCCCUUGGAUUUAAAUAUCUAUACCCGUCCUGUAUCAAGAAGGUUUCUCAUGCUAGCUUUAGGUUAUGGCUCGGUCGGGGUUGGAUUUUGAAUCGUAACAAUAGGCAACGCGAUUGCUUGAUUUAUAUCAUAAAGUUCUUGCGCUACAAUGUUCACGUUUUACAUACUAAAUGUAUAUAAGAACAAUAAGUCCAGAAAUAAACGGUUUUAAUUGAUAAAGCAGUACAUUAAAAAUUAAAAAGUAAUAUACCUGGUUUCUUUUCUCCUCUCAUUUCAUCCGUAACUUAAGGCCGUACCUACGUUUGAUACUUGGAUCAUAUGCAUUUUAUCUUGAAACUAAAGGAAGUAUAUUUCAUUUCUUUAUAUCUCCUUUAUAUCUCAUGUGUAAUAUCAUCAUUUAAGAACGAAUUAUUGUAAUUACAAUGAGUUUAUACUUGCUUUUCAGUUAUAUAUUUUUCUCAUUUUAUACAAAAACAGAUUGUAGAUAUGGUUUUGUAAAUUUGUACAAAUACUAGAAUUCAGUGUAACACAUGUAUAUAAGUGUAAAUGUAAAUGCUUUUAGUGUAAAUAGAAGUUUAAGCAGUACUUGCCUGAUUGUGUGCCAUUUACGUCAUACUUAUGACGUCAUCAUAAUUAAUUUUACGUGUGUACGGAAGAACCUUGUUAAUCCUGAUGAUACGGGGGAUAUAUUGCCUUACUGGCAAACCAGCUUUAAUUCUCCAGCGAUGCUGUAUAAUCCAGCUACGUGCUCACCACAUGUUGUUCCACAACGUCGAGCGGUAUCAGUGGCGUGACCGAUGGCGUUCGCACUUUACACUAGUGGUCGUUAGAAAUAAGACUUGUUUUGUAAAAAACACACUGCUAGCGUAACAAGUACACAGAAGAUGGUUUGGUUAGCAAACUCAGUUUAGAUUGACAUUAUUUUUAAAUGCAUCCAGAGGAAGAAUAUUUCAAAAACUUGUACUUCUACCAGUGAUCAGGAGAACCUAGCUUGGCAUCCCAGAUGUUUUGGGUCCCUGGUUUCGGACGAAAAAAAUUCUUUGUUGAUAUUAUCGUUAUGACACUUGAAGAAAUUCUGUUCAAUAAUUAUUGUCUCCUUUUAAUCUCGAGAAGAUUCCGUUGAAAUAUCUGGAAUGAAAAAACAAAUCUGAAUUAUUGAAAAAUGAAGAACAUCGUUCAUAUAGACGUACAAAAAACGGCUUACACAUUUUACAAAAUUGAUGAAGUACAAGAAUAGAUCUGGUAAUAUAUAUCCAUCUUUUGAAAUUCAAGAACAAAUUUCCAUAAACUGUAAAUGGUUGUAUUAUCGCUACGGGUAUAUUUCGCGAGUUAUCCAUGAAGCUUUUUAUUCGCAAAAACCUGAAUGCAAAUUAAAAGGUUGCCAUUUCAACUCUGGUAGUAAGUAUCAAUACGGAAAUAAUAUUUGGGGAAAAUCAAAUUCGCGAAUAAUUAUUUUAGUGGAUAAACAAACAAUUAAAUGAUUUCGCGAAAAUAAAGUGAUUAACAUUGUCUUACUGAGGUUAACAGGAUUGUCGAGGUCUAGCGUUUUACAUGUAUAUAUAUAUACAGAACGAAAGAUAGUGUGUGCGGAAGCUGUGAUAUUAUAUAUAAGCAUUGUGUAAAAGACUAAUGUCUAUUUUCAGUGUGAAUAACUAAUAUAAAUAAAGGUAAUAGGUCAUGCAAA